GCUCAGCUAGAGGGGUAGAAAGCUGCGAGGGGAGGGCACAAAAUCGCCAGGCCCUGCUUGGGCCCGCGCUGCUCUAAAGCGGGCCAGGCAGCUCCAGCCAUCAAAACGCAAAUUUGCCCAGCCAUAGCAUCUUGUUCUGCCUCAGCCGAUGGUCGAGAAUUAAGCUGCCUCCGGUGCCACGAUGGAAGAAGUGAGGAAGACCGCCGUCCAGAUGCAGAGUCCUGUAAAGACUGAAUGGAAUUCCCGCUGUGUCCUUUUCACCUAUUUCCAAGGGGACAUUAGCAGCGUAGUGGAUGAACACUUCUCCAGAGCUCUGAGCAAUGUCAAGAGCCCCCGGGGCCUGAGCCCUUCGAGCCAGAGUGAAGACGUGAUCCUGAGGAAUGACAGUGACAUGCCUCCAAAUCAGUGGCGUUUCUCUUCUCAACGGACAAAGCCACAGCCGGAAGUGUCUUUUGCAAAUGGUGCCGCCACCUGCAGCUUGAAUGGCUGUGGCCCCAUAGCUAUGGAUGUGUACCCACCGUCCCUGACCGGGAGCCCCUCUGUUCAGUCUGGCGAGCCGCGGCCCUUCUCCUCCCUACCCAGCCCCAGCUUCCCAGAGCCUGUCUACCCUCCCGCCUUUUCCGCUGGUGAUCUGGCUCCAGAGCCCCAGCCUGAUGGGAAAUAUGAGCCCCUCCUGAGUGUCCUCCAGCAGGAGAGACGCCACGAGCAUCCUCAGGAAUCUGCCUCAUGGGAAGAUUGCAACUCCGCCCCGGCAGCCGGAAGCACGGGAUUGCUCUUCCACCUGCCUCCCAGCUCAGCUCACUUUAAGAAAAUCUACUUCCCCCCAGAUGGUGGACCUGCCAGCGCCAGCCUUGCAGUUGAAAAAAGCCAAUCUCCAGAGAGAAGAAAAGAUCUGUUCUUCUACUGAGCUUCGUUUUGAAGAAGAGAGUUCCUUUCUUCAAACCUGCUUACAGAUUCCAACCGUGAAUCCACAGGGUCUAGAGACAUCGCCGUCCUUUUCUCUUUCUGCACUAAAGAGCAGAGUUUGUUCUCCUGGAAGUUCUGUACUUCUCUUCCUUGGCACCCGGGCCCCGCGGCAGGGUUUUUUUUUAACUUGCUAAGUGAAUCCUUAGCAUCUAAGACGGUUAAAAGAGCUAUUCAGCGGAUGUGGGAGGGAGCAUAAGAACCCUGCUGUGUGCCCCUCCCACCCCCCCCAAACCCCCACGCACACUGCGCUCCUACCUAGAAAUCGGUCCCCUCGCUAACCUCCAUCAGCAGAGGCUUUCACAUCAAGACUGACCACGUGGUAUCUGAUGGGCUUGUCCCACACUUCUGACUAAACAGAUACCAGGACCAACCUGAAGCUUUCUAGCCUUGACCAGAUUCUGGCAUCUUCACUCUUGCCUCUGCCAAAAGCAAAAUGGAAGUGGGGUGGGCAGGAGCCAUUGAGAGUAGCUCAAGGCUGGGUACUCUGCAUCCUUCCAGCCUGGAAGGAAGCUGCCAAAGUCUCAGGCUGGCCCUGAUGAAUGAGAUACUUUCACUUGGCAGAUUUCAUUCCUCAGUUCCAAAAGUGAUUCCAAGUGGAAUGACUGAGAAAUCUGAGAACUAGUUUAUCGCAAAUUAGUAAGCAAACUGCCACAUCCCAAGCAUGGGCCUAGAGUAAGUUCUGUACCCAGAGGAUCUCUUAGAUGAGAUGCCCUUGCUUCAAGGAGGAAGACCCUGGCACCUGCAGGGGUCUGCCUGUUUUCCAUAAACAACAGAACCUUCCCUGUAAUGCUUCCACUGUUUGUUAGUGACAUCUGGGCAAUAGUAAUUUGUCAGCACAGAACUGUUGGGGCCACCCGUGUAGAUACCCACAGCAUCUUAAAUCAGAGGUGGAAGGCAAGACUUGGAUCCAAGUCGUGGCAGUAGGUCCUCCCUGCAGAUUAUUCCAGAUAAAAAUCACAGAUUUUUCCAACUCGCUCAUCUCUCCAAUCUGGUAGACAGCCUGGUGUCCAGUGUGAGCUGGGUACUUGCCCCUGACAAGCCCAGAAGCCCCUGCCACCAGCACUUCCCACGCACAUCCCCCUUGCUCCUGGGUACCAGCUCAGGGUGAAUAAUAAAACGACAUUUUUGGAUUAUGUUAUUCUUAAUUCUAAGUUCUUUCACAUCCACCAUCUCAUG